CAAACUGACACGUUAGCGUUUUUGUGAGACUUGUAUCUCAACAUUCCCCAUUUACGAAAUCUGUUUUCAAUUUCUGUUUGUUUUUUGCUUCUCUUCUCCAGUUGAGAAAACCGAAACACUUUCAGAUUUAGUUGCGUGAGAUUCACGAUGAUGAUGAUCGCCGACACCGUCACAGUCACCGCCGCAAAAACUCUCGGCGUCCUCCGUGGCUAUCAAUUUUCCUUAACCGAUUCAUGUUCCGAUCAGAUCUCCGCGAUGAUUCACCCUUGCGAUGCAGUGGCUCCGCCGCCGGUGAAGCCUAGCACACACAGGAUACCUCGUCGGACUCUUACCCGAAGAAAACGACGAACCAGACGCAGGUUAUCGGACGAUGAUUCCGGAGGUGAGGGAUUAUUCUUCGGUGACGGCGGCGACGGUGCUUUUGGAGGCGGAGGUGGAGGUGGAGGUUUCGGUGGUGGUGGUGGUGGUGGUGAUUGGAAUUUCAAUAGUUUUGGAGAUGGACAUAAUUGGGAUGAACCUUCGUCUUCGCUGCCGGAUCCUGCCUUUGAUUUUGUGUAUCAAGUGUUGUCUUGGAUUAUGCUAUCGAAUUGUUUGCAUUAUGCGUUGAAGAAGAUUAUUAGAAUUAUUGUUGAUUCUGAUAGGGAAAAGGUUCCAACCAGAUUGGCUCCAAUUUGCUGAUAUCAUGAUUGGUACCUUUCUCAUCCAUUCAUCACAUCAAUGCUUGUUGGCUUCUGAUUGCUCAUUUCAGAAUUCCUUUUAUUUUUAUUUAAGUUGAGAAAUCGCUGUAAAUAACAUGUUGUACAUAAUUUAUCAUCUAAUAAUUAAUAAUUUAAUAUCUUAGUCUACUGUGACAUACCUGAUGGUUUGAGUAAUAUAUAGUUUAUUGGAAGCAAUAUGAUUCUAUGUUGAACUAUUGAUCAUUACUA